AUGUUCCUUCCAAUGAUAUUUUUGGGGCAGAUAGUGGAAGGCAUUGAGGAGGCUGUGGGGUUUCAUAACACUGCCUCAAAACUCUAUGCAACAGUCGAUUUAGGAAAAACCCGAGUGGGACGAACUAGACUGUUGAAAGCAGACUCCAAUCCUCGCUGGUACGAGUCAUUUCACAUAUACUGCGCCCAUAUGGCUUCCAAUAUUGUGUUCACUAUCAAAAUGGACAACCCUGUUGGGGCAGAACUAAUCGGAAGAGCUUACAUGCCGGUCCAAGAACUGCUGAGAGGAGAAGAAGUGGAUAAAUGGCUUGACAUCUUACAUGAUAACCAUAAACCUAUACAAGGGCAUUCUAAGCUCCAUGUGAGGCUACAAUACUUUGAUGUUACCCGAGAACGCCAUUGGUCUCGAGGGAUAAUAAGUGCAAAGUGUCCAGGGGUGCCUUACACAUUCUUCUCUCAGAGAAGUGGAUGCAAAGUUACACUUUACCAAGAUGCUCACAUUCCAGACAACUUUGUUCCAAAAAUUUCUCUCUCAGGGGGAAAGUAUUAUGAGCCACACCGAUGUUGGGAAGAUAUUUUCGAUGCCAUUUCUAAAGCAAAGCAUUUGAUUUACAUAACAGGAUGGUCUGUGUACACUGAAAUUACCUUGAUAAGGGACCCAAGGAGGCCAAAGCCUGGUGGAGAUAUGACUCUGGGGCAGCUGCUCAUAAAGAAAGCCAAUGAAGGUGUGAGGGUGUUAAUGCUUGUUUGGGAUGAUAGAACUUCUGUUAAGUUGCUAAAAAAAGAUGGACUGAUGGAAACGCACGAUGUAGAGACUGGAGAUUACUUUCAGAAAACUGAAGUCCACUGUGUUUUAUGCCCGCGUAAUCCAGAUGAUGGACGGAGCAUAAUUCAGGAUAUCGAAAUUUCUACAAUGUUUACUCAUCAUCAGAAGAUUGUAUUGGUGGAUAGUGAAAUGCCCAAUGGAAAUCCAGAAAAGAGGAGGAUUGUGAGUUUUAUUGGUGGUAUUGAUCUUUGUGAUGGGAGGUAUGAUACUCCCUAUCAUCCUAUUUUCCGGACUUUGGACACAACACACCAUGAUGAUUUUCAUCAGCCUAAUUUCAAAGGAGCAUCAAUCCGAAAAGGCGGGCCAAGAGAGCCUUGGCAUGAUAUACACUGCAGGUUAGAAGGACCUGCUGCUUGGGAUGUGCUGUUCAAUUUUGAGCAAAGGUGGAGGAAACAAGGUGUCAAGAACGUGCUUGUUGAGUUAAGAGAACUCGAAAACAUAAUAAUCCCACCAUCCCCAGUUAUGUACCCGGACGAUCAUGACACGUGGAAUGUUCAAGUGUUUCGAUCCAUUGAUGGUGGAGCUGCAUUUGGAUUCCCCGAAGCACCCGAAGCUGCAACCAGAUCCGGGCUUGUAAGUGGGAAGGAUAACAUUAUUGACAGGAGCAUUCAGGAUGCUUAUAUCAAUGCCAUUCGUCGUGCAAAGAAUUUCAUUUACAUCGAAAAUCAAUACUUCCUGGGAAGUUCUUUCUCUUGGAAUUCAGAUGAUCUGAAUGAUGAGGACGUUGGUGCUUUGCAUCUUAUCCCUAAGGAACUAUCACUGAAGAUUGUGAGUAAGAUCGAGGCGGGGGAGAAGUUUACUGUCUACAUUGUGGUUCCAAUGUGGCCUGAGGGCCAACCAGAGAGCAAUUCUGUUCAGGUAAUACUGAAUUGGCAGAAAAGAACCAUGCAGAUGAUGUAUACUGACAUAGUUCAAGCACUUCAAGCCAAGGGGAUCGUCGCAAACCUAAAGGACUAUUUGGCCUUCUUCUGCCUUGGUAAUAGGGAGAGAAAGAGGAGUGGCGAGUAUGAACCUUCAGAGGCACCUGGAGAAGAUACAGAUUACAGCAGAGCUCAGCAAGCCAGGCGGUUCAUGAUCUAUGUUCAUGCUAAAAUGAUGAUAGUUGAUGAUGAAUACAUAAUAAUUGGAUCCGCGAACAUCAACCAGAGGUCAAUGGAUGGAGCCAGGGACACAGAAAUUGCGAUGGGAGGCUACCAACCAUACCAUCUAUCCACCAAGCAGCCAGCUAGGGGUCAGAUUCAUGGCUUUCGGAUGGCAUUGUGGUAUGAACAUUUAGGCAUGAUUGAUAACUGUUUUCUUCAACCUGAGAGCUUGGAUUGCAUCCGAAAGGUGAACCAGUUAUCCGAAAAGUAUUGGGAGCUCUACUCAUGUGAGACCUUGGACCGCGACUUGCCUGGUCAUCUUCUCAGUUACCCAAUUGGAAUCACUUCAAGCGGGGAGGUCACUGAGCUACCAGGGUUCGAGUACUUCCCAGACACCAAGGCUAGAGUUCUUGGUUCUAAAGUUGAAUUUUAUCCUCCAAUUCUCACUACUUAAUAUCGUUGUUUUCCUCACUUGAACUCAAGUAAUGUCUAAAUUAACAUUCCUCUUUUCAACAGAACAGUAAAUGUAUUGGUCAUAAUAAAACAUACAUUUGUGUGCGCUUAAAUAUGGCUCUAAAUAAAAUUCAAG